AUGUCGGGUAAACAAGGAACAAUGACGAGGGUUGAGAUGCAAGGAUGCUUCGUGUGUGAACACGUUCGACGUUCUCCGGAAAAUUUCAGGCCGAUAAGACUUGAAGUAUACGUGGCCAUGCUUGAGCACGCUCCACAGGAAAGAGAGUUUGAUGAAGCCGCGGAUAAACAUCGUCUGGUCCGACAACAGUGGAUGGUUUCUUUGCAUUUCUUCAACACGGAAAACGGAUUGGCCGCUGUGACAGGGCGAAAUCGAGAAGCCAUACCGGUAUGUGUUGAGGCGGGGCUGGAGGGAUUCGUCGAUGAGGACGACUGA